AUAUAUAUAUAUAUAUAUAAGCAAUAAAUUACAUAAAAGCAUUCGUAUAACGUGAAUGCUAAUGUAGGUGUAUGCGUCUCUGUGUGCCUUUUUUAAACGGAUAGGCGAAUAAGUGAAACUGCGAAGUGUCAGACAAUUUAUAAUAAUAAAAAUUUUGUACAUUGAAAAUUUGUAAUGUUUUUUACUCUUUGUCUCUCCCUUUCUCACUGUCUUGCUGGCUGGACAAAAUUUUUUGUGUUGCGUUUCUAAUUCUUGCAGUUAUUUAAGUGAUUUUAUUAAAUGAAUUUAAAAAUUGAAAUAGAGUAAAUAAAAACUUAAAGUGUUGUUCGUUUAAACGUUUCCAAUAAAAUAGCAACAACAUUUAUUAUUAUAAAUAUAUGUAAAAAUUAACUCCCACCUUCUGUGAAAAUACCCACCAAUUAGGAGUCUCUGUACUGUGGCUAUUAUACUGUUACAGAUAUACCAUAUUAAAUAAAAAGAUCCACCCGUUACUGAAAUAUAAUACAAAUUAAUACAACUACAGCAACUGCAACCACUAAUAAUUUAAGAUAUUAUCUAAUAUUUCUUAGGCAUAUUCUUUAUUACGCGUUACAUAAAUUAUUUAAAGUGUUUCUUUUAACGUUUAAAGUUCAGCAAAGAAAAAAAACGAAACAUUUCUAUUUGGUUUUUCAACUUGAUAUGUCGGAGGGCUUAAAAACGCUCCUCGAAGCUGCUCAAUACAUUGAGCAGCAAGAGAAAUUAAAAUUAUCACCAUUAUCAGCAUCAGCUGUGCCAGCUGCUCUACUCAACUCCGACCAACAAUCGCGUUUCACAGUGCAUGCCUAUGAUGCAGCAACAACAAAUGGCCACCUUAUCAAUAAUAAUAAUAAUAAUAAUAAUAAUAGUACAAGUCAUAGUACGGUUAACCAUAGCAUAAAUAUACGUAAUUCCAAUAUACGUCAUGUGGGGUUAGGCGGUGGCAAUGCUGGAACAGCGACCACCACCACCACCACCACCCUACAAGUUUCAUCAUCGGCCCCUGCUGCAGCGGCUACAUUUCAACAUGUCAAUGGUCAUCAUCCAGCACAUCAUCAUCCCCAACAUCAACAUGCUGCUUCUUCUGCUGCUGCUAUUGCAUUAACCAAUUCGGCUAAUAGUGGCAACAGUGGCGGCAACAGUAACUCUCAUCAUAUACAUCAGCAACGCAACAACAAUAACAACAACAACAACAACAACAACAAUAACAACAACAACAACAACAACAGUCAAUUAAUAAAUGCCAAUCAUCACGAUUAUGAAUUUAAAGGUAGUAGUGAUGGUGGUAGCGCCAGUGUUGGCAGUAACAGCAGCAAUUCGAUUGCUGUGGUGGCGGCAACAGGUGGUACUGCAUCAGUAACGUUAUCACCCCUAAAUGGCAGGUCCAGUGAUGGCCGAGUGUUGGCCAACCAUCAUCAGCUGCAAUUUCAAAUGCACAACGGCAGUAACAACAAUACAAGCAGCACUAAUAUGAUAGUAGAUGAUGUAUCACCGCCGCCUGUGCAACCAACCCAACAGCAUUCGAACUACUCAGUGUCUUUAAGUGGUCAGCUGCAUUCACCACCGCGUAGUUCCGUGGGUAAUCAUUAUAUACAAAUGAUAAACUCUGCUGCAGUGCAGCAGGCAACAAAUAGUAAUGGUCUGUCAAGCGGUACAGGACAUGUAACGCAUGUUACACCCAGAAGGCGUACCAUCAGUUCGAAUAGUAAUGGGGCCGGUACCCGUGAAGUUCAUAAUAAAUUGGAAAAAAAUCGUCGUGCCCAUUUGAAAGAAUGCUACGAAGCAUUAAAAAAUCAAUUAUCUUUAAAAGAUGAAGAUCGCCGAAAAACCUCUAAUUUAGCCAUUUUGGGUGAAGCUUUAAAAUGUGUCCAGUCAUUUCAAAGGCGCAACCAAGAGCUGGAAGCCGAAUGGGAGCAUUUGGCGAAUGAUAAAAUCAAUUUACAAAAACGUAUUGUUAGCUUAAAGCGUGAACUUGGUCCAAAAUAUGAACAAUUGUUUUCGGGUAUAUUUCCUGACAUUGAUUUGAGUUGUAUACCAACAACCAGUGAUAGGGAAAAUCUAAAUGAGACAAUUUCACUGUCAUCGGGUCGUGGUAGUACUUUAUAUAGUUCAUCUAGUUCGCUUUCAAGUGGCGGCAGUAAUGGCAGCAGCAACAGCAGCAGCAGCAGUAACACAAUGUCAUCACCAGUUGGCGCUGGUUUGCAAACUGCUAUACCGACCGCAAUAUCGCCUGUGAUAAAUAAAACUAACAACAGCAACAACAAUUCAACAGUAAAUAUUAUGAACAAUUCCAAUAAUAGCGCAACUUCAUCACCAAUUAAUAACAAUAAUAAUAAUAAUAAUAACGUUUUGCAUAAUUAUCGCAAGAAUGCGACUGCUGCCGCCGCUAUUCAAGCCAUAACAAUUCCCACAAAUACAACCCAUAUCAGUCCUAUGGGUAGUCCAACGGCUUUAAUAACAUUUGGCAGUGCUGGCAAUGGUGGUAAUAUGCCUUUAUCGUUGACCGCCAAAAAUAUAUCAGCAACAUCGGUGACACGUGGCUCUCCGACGCCAUCUACUCCUUCACCGUCGCCGUCUUCGUCGAGUGGUGUAUCUUCAUCUUCGUCUUUGAUCUCCUCGUCACCGCCUAUCAAUGGGGUGAUUAGCAAUAGUCGCAACGUAACUGUCAACAUUCCGAAUGGCUUGAAAUUUCAAGCGACUGUCGGCGCCCUUGGUACCACAAUAACUGGCACAUCCGGUACAACCACUACAACAGCAGCAUCCAUGAUUGUGACAACAACCAACAAUACCAAUAAUGCGGUGGCCACUACUCCUCCGAAUACUACCCCGAUAGGUCAUAAUGGUCGCAAGAAAAGCUUAAGCCUAAGUUGUUCAAAUGGUUUAAUGGAGAAUUCCGGUGGCCACGCCAUGCAAAAGCAGCUGUUAACUGAAGAUGGAGAGCAACCUGCAAAAUUUCUAAAAGUUUUCAACAACAGCAGUACGAACGCAUCCCAAGAUGAAUUAAACAAUGGCAUUAAUAAUGGUAAAAAAACUAAAACCAGUAUUGUUGGUGGUCAAAUGCAAAAACUUGUCUUAAGUGGCACAACAGGAGGCGGAGGAGUUGGUAAUGGUUCAAUUAAUGAACUGUGUCGUCUACCGGGCGGUGCUGAAUUGAAUAUACUACCAAGAAAUGGCAUUAAAACAUCUUCUGUAGCUACUGCAUUUUAUCAUGCAAAUGGUAAAUUAACGUUUGUCAACACACCACCGAAUAGCAACAACAAUAAUAAUAACAAUAAUAAUAAUAAUAAUAAUAACAACAAUAAUAAUAACAAUAACAGCACCAACAACAACAGCAACAACAUCAGCAGCAACAUUACCGUCAAUAGCAGCCAUCAUAUAUCAAAUAUCACCAAUAGUAUCUUUCUGAAAGAAGCAACCAGUGUUACACCGUUGUUGGUGGCAGCAACAACCGUAACAUCUCCUAACGCAACAAAUUCCGCAAAUGGCAUACAUUUCUCAGGCAAUUUCUCUCAAUUAUUGACAGCCGCUAAUAGCACUACUACUACGUUAUGUCAAACGGGAAAUAAUACAAUUGUUGCUGUAUCUGCAUCGCCCAUACCUAUGACAAAAUCUCCGCCAGCAUUAAUUACGCAAAAUGGUAAUAUUACUGCUGUUGCUGCUGCAAGUCCUUUAAACAAUAUUAAUGGCAAGAGUUCAAUUUCAUGGCGCUCUGAAGUUACGCCAACAAAUUAGAAGAAAUUCUAAAUUGUUAUUUAAAAGACGGCAUUAAUUAAGCAACUGAUAGCAAUAUUAGAACAACGUUACAAUGUUUUCUUUCAUUGAUUAAAGGAGAACGAUCGUUUUACGAAACUAGGAAGAACAGCCAGCGACAGUAGCAGCAGUAGCAGCAGCAUCAUCAUCACCACCAGCAGUAGUAGUAGUAGUAAUAGUAGUAACA